GCUUCAAUUAGGCUUCAUUUGCAGCACCUGUGACACACACACGCCCGAAAGGAAACUUUCGACCUUCACCGUUUUUUCCGCUUUUAUUCGGAAAGCCGUGAAGUGCUGUAUGUGUAUUGUUUUUUAUUUAUUAUUUCUUGAAGAUGCAGAAAGCCUUGAAGAAGUAUUUUGUAAACAUGGACGAGUAUCUGGCCAGCAUCGGGCUUUACCGAAAAAUGAUGGCCAGAGACGCUUCCUGUCUGUUUCGAGCUGUUUCUGAGCAGCUUUAUUACUCCCAGAAUUACCAUCAAAGGAUAAGGAAAGAGUGUGUCAACUUCAUUAAGGCAAACAGAUGCAACUUUGAGCCUUUUGUUCAAGGAUCUUUUGAGAAGUAUUUGGAACGUUUGGAAGAUCCCCAGGAAACCACAGGUCAAGUGGAAAUAAAAGCACUGUCUUUACUGUACAGGCGGUGCUUUGUCAUUUACAGGUAUCCAGGUAAGCCGCCAACUGAGAUUGCAGAGGAGGACAACUUGCCUAAGAUUUUGCUGUGUUGCUCAAACAACGGCCACUAUGACAUUGUUUACCCCAAGACCUAUCCAGUGGAUGCUGCAAUGUGUCAGGCGAUUUUGUAUGAGUUGUUGUACACUCGUGUUCUGGGAGUUGAGGAAGAAGAGCUGCAGAUGGCGCUGGAGGGAUUCAAAGGAGGAGGACGACGAUACCGAAACAGCCAGUCUAUGUGCAGUGAUGACGCAGGAUAUGAUAUCCCAGAAGACCGCCUUCAGAGAGAAGAAUGGGAGUCGAGUGGUCUCAGCCGCUCGGAAGACAAAACCAAAGCUGGAGCUGAGGACCAGAAGGCCACAGAAGGGUCAGGAAAACUGGCUCUGCCGUACAAGGUACUUAAGGCCUUAGAGCCAGAGCUGUACCGCAACGUGGAGUUUGACGUGUGGCAAGACAGCCGCAAAGAGCUACAGAAGACUGAUUACAUGGUGUUUGCUGGCAGACAGUAUUUUUUAGGAGAUAAGUGUCAGGUCCGCUUGGAUCCAAAAGGGAAGUACUACAAUGCCUUCAUUCAAGAAGUAGGGACUCAGACCACUGCGGUGACUGUGUUCAUUGAGGAACUUGGGGAAAAACACCUGGUUCCUUUGACCAAUCUGAAGCCAGUGAAUCCUGUGCCAGCCUGGAACAUCACACCAAGCAGAAAAGGAAAUUCAUACAACCAUCCAGAACAGUACCCUGGAGAAAUAGACCCAGAGCUACGCGGACGGCGACGGUACUUCAGGAAACCUCGUGGGGUACACGGUCCCGCUCCACCUCCUGCAGGUCUGGCCUAUGAACACUACCGACCCCACCAUCCACCUAGACCACCACGUGGCUACGCCCCACCCAGUUCGACCCGAUUCCUGAACCGGCACCAUCUUAUUGGACCAGACCUAGCCUAUUAUCCAAGUCCCAGCAAGCGCUGCUACCAGAGUUUUGAUAACUACUCAUUCAGGUCCCGGAGUCGGCGGCGGCAAAUGCACUCUCUGAAUAAAGAGUUUCUGAGCUGUGUUCCUGAGCCAGGAGAAGAAACCCAAGACAUAGAGGGAAGUAUCACCUUCUAUGAAAUUGAGGAGACUGAUGAGAGUGCCUUCUCGCCAAUAUCAGGUCAAGCAGUCUCUAGCCCCAUGGUUCCAGGGGCCACUGCUUACUGGGUGCCAAGAGUUCCCAGUCCAAUUCCUCCCUCAGGCAAACAGCCCAUGACAUCAUCAGAGGAGGACCCUGAUGAGAGGAGUAAUGCUGGCGACCAAGGUGAAUACUCUGAGGAGUACAUCUACUCUGCUGCAGAGGCAGGAUAUCAGAGUCCAUCGGUGUAUGCUGCUGCAGCAGAGUCUACCACCAAUCUGACCAUUCAGGAGGGAGGUUCCCGUGCCGGGUCCCCACAAGAGGGUGUCGCCACCUACAGUUACUCUCAACAGGUGGUUGUGAAGUCAUCUGUCCUCUCCUCUUCUCAACCAAUCAACUCUGCUCCGGCUGCAAUCUUCACAUCAAACUCCUCCUCUUCAUCCACUGGGAGCUCCCAGACGCCACCGAACCCACUGCAGCCCAACAACAUUUUAACACCUGGACAGCCACCACCCCAGAAUGUUUUGGGCAGGCCUGUUCCGUGGUUUGUCAAUGAGUUGGGAGAACCAGUCGCCAUGGCGCCGCCUCCACCCUACUCCUAUGACCCCAAUGGCAGUGACCUUCCAAGAGAUUGCAAAGUGCUCCAGUACUACUAUAAUUUGGGGGUUCAGUGGUAUCAGCAGAGUUACUGGAACUCUAUGGUGCAAAUGCAGCAGGUGUAUCCACAGCAGGUCGCAGAGGCUCAGUUCCAGCCGUACCAGAGCACCAUUCCCACUGCUGACCACACAGUUCCCCAGGCCUACCAUGAUCCUGGCCGCAUGUGCCCACAUCCACAAGGAGAUGUGGCCAGCAAUGGCACCCCUCUUGCCAUGGAGAGCCCUUCAGCGGUGGUCCCUGGGACGGUGUACUACCCCCUUGUGCAGGAGCAGUGCGGUCAGCAGCCCCUUCACCCCUCCUAUGAUCCCUACAUGCCUGUGCUCUCCACAACGUACCACUACCUCACACCCUGGCCUCCCGGUGCCGGCCCACACCCCCGCAUCCACCAUGCCACAUACUGCCCCUCGUCCUCUCACCCCCCAGUCAACUACAUCACCCACCCCACCCACCUGCCACACUCACAGUUUGUCUAAGUCUUGUUUACCACCAGAAAUGUUCCUGUUUAUGUUCAGUUGUUAGUUCUGUAUUGUUUUCACAGACGAAUGGUUAUUCAGAGAUCCUGCAGUGUUACUUAGCACUUAAACUGAAAGGCAGGACAGAGUAUGUGUGCUUUACCACCUCGCACAUUUGCCCCCCAAUCAACAUCACUCCAAUUUAAUAAGCAUAUAUUGGAUUUUUUUCCCCUAAUAAUUUGAGGAUUUUAAAAGGUGACAUGAUUCUAAAUGUAAUUAGAGUUCCCUUCUCAUUUCCUUUUACAAAUGUUGCACACUUCCAGAGUGUAGUCCUUUAGCAACACACCAGGAGUUCAAGCCUUAGGAAACCAUUGUCUGUUGUUUUUCUGUCAAAAAAAAAUCACUUAUAAUAGCUGCACAAAUAAAAAAUUAACCAAAUCAAGUUGUUUC